AUGCUGAUGUCUCCAGAAUUGGAGAAACAAGACGUCCUUGUUCCACCUCCUACAGAUGAUAAGAUGAUGGAGCCUCCAAGCUUCACCAUGGAAUCGAUCAAGAACUACUGUGUUACCAGAGUCACAACAUUGAUCCCUACUAAAGAGUACGUCCGUGCUAACAAAAACCUCUUGAAUCCAAUCCCUGCUUUGAGAGAGAUCAGCGGGAAACAGUGGCUAUUUAUCUUGUGUGCGUUCAUGGGCUGGACUUGGGAUGCUUUUGAUUUCUUCACUAUUUCAUUGAAUGUGGAUGUCCUUUCUGAGGAGCUUCACAAAUCGACAACCGAUAUCACUUGGGCUAUCACUUUGGUGCUCAUGUUGCGUACCGUGGGUGCAUUUAUAUUUGGUUACUUUGGUGAUCGCUAUGGAACGAAAUGGCCAUUUAUUGUUAACUUGCUUCUUAUGGUGAUAAUUCAAAUUGGGUGCUCUUUCAUCCAGACUUUCAAGCAGUUCCUCGGAGUCAGAGCUCUUUUUGGUAUUAUCAUGGGUGGUAUCUAUGGUAAUGCAACAGCCACUGCCUUGGAUGAUUGUCCUGCCAGAGCCAGAGGUUUUAUUUCUGGUUUCCUCCAGCAAGGUUAUGCCUUUGGAUAUUUGUUAGCUGUGAUCUUCACCAGAGCUUUGGCGGAUACCCAAAAGCAUAAAUGGAGAGCAGUUUAUUGGUUUGCCGCAUGUGUCACUGUAAUCAUCGCUGGGUCGAGAGCUUUGUUACCUGAAACAAACGCUUUCCUCCAGAAGAAGGCUUUCCAAAAACUUCAGCUUCAAGCCGGUAUCGUUCCAGAAUCUUUUGGAAGCAAAGCUAAGAAGGCACUUAAAAUUUACUGGCUCAUGACAAUUUACAUGAUUCUUCUCAUGGCCGGAUUCAAUUUCAUGUCUCAUGGUUCCCAAGACUUGUUUCCUACCUUCUUGACCCAACAGUUGGGUUUUUCCAAGGACAGAUCCACCGUCACCAAUUGUGUUGCCAAUCUCGGUGCCAUUGUUGGUGGUUUGAUCAUCGGUCACUUCUCUAACUUUAUGGGAAGAAGAUUAUCCAUCAUCAUUUGCUGUAUCGGUGGUGGUGCUUUAAUCUACCCAUGGGGCUUUGUGAGAAAUGAUGGAAUCAACGCAGCAGUGUUCUUCUUACAAUUUUUCGUUCAAGGCGCCUUUGGUGUAAUUCCAGCGCAUUUGAGUGAAUUGGCACAUCCAGAAUUUAAAGCCUUCACCGUUGGUUUGGCUUACCAGCUUGGUAACUUGGCUUCAUCUGCCUCUUCUACUAUAGAGUCCAAAUUGGGUUCGCAGUUCCCUAUAACCAACGAAGACGGCAAGACCAUCUAUGACUACGGUAAAGUCAUGUCGAUCUUCAUGGGCUGUGUGUUUGCCUACAACUUAAUCAUGUCUUUCGUCGGUCCUGAGAAUAUGAAUAUCAGUCAGGAGGUCAAUGAUAACGAAAAUGAUCAGCAAUCCGGUCUCGGAUCCAUGGAGAAGGUUGUACAGGAAGAGAUAGAGAACUCAAGUGGGGCAAAGUCUGAUAAGGAGUUUAAAUAG